UCGAAAAAACGUGAUAAUUUUUCGAAUUUCCCUACGGGUUUACCUCUACCGGUCCGAUUCGAAAGUUCCACUUCCUCAAAGUUGUAAACCGGCAUCUUUCAAUCGUACGCUGUUCGUUGCCGACGUUGACGUUCUGUGACGUUUUUUUCUGUUAAACGUACUAAUCCAAAAUGUGUGACGAAGAAGUUGCCGCCUUAGUUGUUGAUAAUGGUUCCGGUAUGUGCAAAGCAGGCUUUGCUGGCGACGAUGCACCCCGGGCGGUGUUCCCAUCAAUCGUCGGUCGCCCCCGUCAUCAGGGCGUCAUGGUUGGUAUGGGCCAAAAGGAUUCGUACGUCGGUGAUGAAGCACAAAGCAAAAGAGGUAUCCUCACUUUGAAAUACCCCAUCGAACACGGUAUCGUGACGAACUGGGACGAUAUGGAGAAAAUUUGGCACCACACCUUCUACAAUGAACUUCGUGUUGCACCAGAGGAGCACCCUGUUCUUUUAACCGAAGCCCCAUUGAACCCAAAAGCCAACCGUGAAAAGAUGACCCAAAUCAUGUUCGAAACCUUCAACACACCCGCCAUGUACGUAGCAAUCCAAGCAGUUCUCUCACUGUACGCUUCCGGUCGUACCACCGGUAUCGUCCUGGAUUCCGGAGAUGGUGUCUCGCACACAGUACCGAUCUACGAGGGCUACGCCCUACCUCACGCCAUCCUUCGUCUGGAUUUGGCCGGUCGUGACUUAACCGACUACCUCAUGAAGAUCUUAACUGAACGUGGCUACUCCUUUACGACCACCGCCGAAAGAGAAAUCGUACGUGACAUCAAGGAAAAACUCUGCUACGUCGCGUUGGACUUCGAACAGGAAAUGGCAACCGCUGCCAGCUCGAGCUCCCUAGAAAAAAGCUACGAAUUACCCGACGGUCAAGUGAUCACCAUCGGCAACGAGAGGUUCCGUUGUCCCGAAGCUCUCUUCCAACCGUCGUUCUUGGGAAUGGAAGCGUGCGGCAUCCACGAGACCACCUACAACUCGAUCAUGAAGUGCGAUGUUGACAUCCGUAAAGAUCUCUACGCCAACACCGUACUCUCCGGCGGUACCACCAUGUACCCGGGCAUCGCCGACCGCAUGCAAAAGGAAAUCACCGCGUUGGCUCCAUCCACAAUGAAAAUCAAAAUCAUCGCUCCUCCUGAAAGGAAAUACUCCGUAUGGAUUGGAGGAUCAAUCCUCGCUUCGCUCUCGACAUUCCAACAGAUGUGGAUCUCGAAACAGGAGUACGACGAAUCCGGACCAUCCAUCGUCCACAGGAAGUGCUUCUAAACUCGUAUUCAUCAACACCCUCAUUCCUGCAUCAUUCCAGUUGUAUUAUAUCUGCGAUAGGCUGCCGUUAUACGGUAAUCGGAACUGCCAUGUUUUUUGUAUACAAGUACGGCGCCUUUCGGGCAUCGCGCGGCACUUGCAUUGCACUAGGCCAAAGUAUUAUUACUUUCUUAAUUUUGUAAUAAUUUAUUUCCCAUGUGCAGAUUUCAAGACUAUUAUAAUAUUAUUUACUUUAGGCUAAUAAACUAUGGGAUAAUAAAAAUGUAUAUUACAAUUA